AUGGCCGAACGCGCACCCUCGCCGACACCGUCCGAACGGGCCCGCAAGGACGCCGAAGACCGCCAGCGCGAAGAGGAGGAGCAGGCGAAACUGCCGUACAAGUGGACGCAGACGCUCGAAGAGGCCGAGGUCAGCGUGCCCAUACAGGGGAACCUGAAGGCGAGGGACUUGGUCGUGGAAUUGAAGAAGACGCACAUCAAGGUCGCUGUCAAGGGGCAGGAGCCCAUUAUUGAUAGGGCGACUUCCCCCACCCGAUCCAGACGGACGACUCGACGUGGAUCCUGUCGACCAAGCCUGACGGCAGCAAAGAGAUCCUCAUCACGCUCGCCAAAGCCCGCGGCUCCUACUGGUGGGCGCACAUCGUCACGUCGGCGCCCAAGAUCGACACCGCAAAGAUCGUGCCCGAGAACUCCAAGCUGA